UAUACCUUGACAGUCACGGAGUUACUCUCAUUUCCGCUUUCAUCUUCGAUGCGAUAACAACACAGAAAUAUUGAAAUUUGCCGGAUAAAAAUGACAGAUCCUACUUAUUCGAAUCUUCAAGCGGUUCAGUUAGUGGAGGCUAAUAGGCGGCCUACAGGUGUACAGCUAGUUAAUACAGAAAGAACUAACAAACAUGCAGAUCCUAUGGACCUGGUAGCAUUAGCACAGACAAUUCAAAAGGCAGAUGAAAUGACAAAAGCAAGAGUGGGAAGUAAAUUAACAGUAAUAGCUGAUCAGAUAAGAUACCUUCAGGAACAAGCUAAAAAGCAUUUAGAAGAUGCCAAAAGAGAUAACAUCAUACAUCAUGCAGCGUGUAAUUUAGUAAAGAGACCUGGUACAAUGUAUUACAUGUAUGAGCGAGAAUCAGGACAAAAAUACAUGUCAAUACUGUCACCUGAGGAAUGGGGAGCAGGAUGCCCACAUAUAUUUGUUGGAGCAUACAAACUUGAGUAUGAUUUGUCAUGGACACCUAUAGAAGAAGUUGAAGAAAAAAGUCAAGAAUUUGCACUCAUAGACAAAAUAUUAAAUGCACAAAACGCAAUCACAGACUCUUCGGAGAUGAACCUUGAUGGUCUCACAAAGAAAUCCUCGUCAGCAAGUGUAAAAGACGUUACAAAUGAGAGUUCAUGAUAGUAGAGAUUUUAAAAUGUGAUAUCAUGGGAGUGAUUAUUUUAAUAUUUAUAAAUUAUGUAAUUUUUAUUUUAUAAAUAUUUUAUUUAAAAUAAAAAGUCGAAAAUAA